UGCGACAUUAUGAUUUAGCCAUUUGGCUACUAACUAAUGGAUUGUCCUGCUUGCUAAUAGUACUGCGCCGGCAGCCUGGGAUAAACACUAUGCAGUCGUAGGGCCACGGCCGACCCUGGGCCACGCAAUUCAAGUUCUUUUUAUGUGAUUUCGUGAUUUAUGUUGGAGCGCUUUAUGGCUCCAACAAUGUUCUUCUUUAGGGUCACCAAAACCAUAGAAUCGGUGAUAGAGCUGGCUAGUCAACUUUAGUUAACGUAGCAUAUAUUAUGCUAGCUGGCUGCUGGUACGACUCGCUAUCUUUUUUUCCAUAAGAGCAAGAAGUGAACAGAAAAACACUCAUCAUAGUGCGUUUAGAUGCAUACAUUUAAAUAUAUUUGCCAGACAAAGACCGAUUUGUUUAUUCAUGCCUGUGAAUCGGGAGCUAGCUGGCUAGUACGUGUCGUGAACCUAACAUUAGCUGUCAAGCUAACUAGCGCUAACCAAAGUUCCCAACAUAGAUAUUCCUCAAAAAAUACACUGCAGUUUCAGUGAUUCUCAAGUUUCAUCGUAAAUAUCCUGGUAUUGCUAGACUAGUUGGUUAAUGAUGACUAUUCUAUGUGAGGGACAUUAAAUAGCUAGUCUAAGUAAUCGAUUUCCUGAUCGCGGAAGCUGUGUAGUUGACGACCUGUUCCAGCGGCCGGUGUGCUAACGUUAGCUGACGUAGUUCAGAACAGCUGUAGUGUAAGUUGGCAAACUGAAUCCUACGAGAAACGUGAAUCAUACGGUCUGUGCUAGCUGGCUAACCAGGUGGCAUCAGACUUCUAACUGUUGCAAGAGCGAAAAUGACUGCCGUCGACAAGGCCUUGCUACCUGUGUUUUCUGGUCGUGUCACGGAUGAGACGUUGUUUGAAGCGGUGUAGUUUUCUCGUGGUGGUCCAUUUCGGUUACGCAAGCGGGAGAAGAGUUCACCGGUAUCCACGGCCUGAACCAUGGACCAAGAAAGCAAUUCGGAGGAGGAGUCUGUAGGCCCCUCUGAGGACGACACAUUACCCAGUCUACCCCCAGGCCUCUCCGACGCCCAGGCGGUGGCGCUCCUGUGGCGGGUGCGGGCCCAGCGGCGGCGGCCUUCGCCGGACCUCCCGGAGACGGUCACCCUCCUCACCGCGCCCGACGGCAGCCUGGUCUACCUGGUGGGCACGGCGCACUUCAGCGACAGCAGCAAGCAGGACGUCGCCACGACCAUUCGGGCCGUGCAGCCGGACGUGGUGGUGGUGGAGCUCUGCCAGUACAGGGUCUCCAUGCUGAAGAUGGACGAGAGAACGCUGCUCAAAGAAGCCAAGGACAUCAACCUGGAGAAGGUGCAGCAGGCUAUUAGACAGAAUGGGGUGAUGUCAGGGCUGAUGCAGAUUCUGCUGCUGAAGGUGUCGGCUCACAUCACGGAGCAGCUGGGCAUGGCCCCCGGCGGAGAGUUCCGGGAGGCCUUCAAAGAGGCAGGCCGGGUGCCCUUCUGCAAGUUCCACCUGGGCGACCGACCAAUCACGGUCACCUUCAAACGAGCCAUCGCCGCGCUCAGCCUGUGGCAGAAGGCGAGGCUGGCCUGGGGUCUCUGCUUCCUGUCCGACCCAAUCAGUAAGGAGGACGUGGAGAAGUGCAAGCAGAAGGACCUGCUGGAGCAGACCAUGUCGGAGAUGAUAGGGGAGUUCCCGGCCCUCCACCGCACCAUCGUGGCCGAGAGAGACAUCUACCUCACCCACACCCUCCGGCAGGCUGCGCGCUGUGUGGAGGCGCCCCCUAAUGGCCAGAAAGUGCCUGCAGUAGUUGUAGGAGUGGUUGGAAUGGGCCACGUCCCGGGCAUCGAAAGAAACUGGGACCAACAACUCAACAUUCACGAGAUCAUGAGUGUGGCUCCGCCCUCCCGGUUCAGCUGGCUGCUACGGACGGUACUGAAGGGGGCGAUGCUGGGAGUGCUGGGCUACGCCUGUUACCGGGCGGGAGGGGGCAUUGGGAGGGUCCUUCUCUCCGUGCCGGCGGUCCAGUCGCUCCUGGAGAGCCUACGACCUCCCCCCGCCCCCUAACUGGAAGCUCCGCCCCUCCGCACCC